AUGGCACAAAAAUCGAUGAAAGAGCAGAAGAAAGAAUCGGAACGAGAAUCAAGUAAAUUUGGUGAGCUGCCAUUAACGCUAAGUGAACGGUUGGCUAAAUUGGAUGCAAAUGACUACCUGAAUCGUUCACCGGAUGAUCCACGUUGGUUUGACCGAAAAUACAAUCGGAAACAACGGAAAGCUCCUGAUAGCCCACUCUGGACAGCUCCAUUAGAUGCUCGUUAUCAGCAGAUAAAGAUGGGACGCCAUUGCGUUGAUUAUUAUCAGGAUUAUUAUCGAUGCACCAAUUUGUUGGGUGAAGACUAUAAACCAUGCAAAUUCUUCUACAAUACUUUUAAGGAUCUUUGUCCGUCAUCGUGGAUUGAAAAAUUUGACGAGUGGAGAGAUGAAGGCGUUUACCCGGGACAUUUUGAUCGUUAA